AUCACCAUCGCCAGAAUUCCAGCUUGAUUGCAUGCUUUCUCACUCGGUCGCACGCUCGCUGAUUUGUGGGUGGGUGUGUGCAUGUGUCUGUGUGUGUGGGUGGCCUCACUCGGUCGCUCGCUCCCUGAUGUGUGGGUGAGUGUGUGCAUGCGUGUGUUUUGUGCAGAUAUUUCUGUUUGUGUGUGUUUGUGUGUGUGGGUGGCCAAGCUCAGGCAGGAAUUGGCACAGUGGUCGAUAAGUUGGAAUAAGUGGAUUCUAGCUUCAGCUACACUUGUAGUUGUCGAUGUGGGUCACCGAGGUGGUUCAGUUGUAGAAUGAAGAUCCCGAGCCAGAGCUGGGUUGUUACGGAAUCCAGGUGAACAAGUUGCAGAUCGAUCUAGAUUUUCGGAGCGAAGGAGGGAUGGAAGGGGAACACCCGCCGGGUCAUAAUGCUCUUGGCAUGGCUCGGACGCUGUGUCUAGAGCUGGAGUCUGUUUGUAUUGAGCGCUGGUGGAGUCCCUGAUCAGAUUGCCACAAUGGGGAGAGGGGUUAGUUAACCCGGAUUUGGAGUUGUCUGUGUGGGGGAGUUCACUAUGGUAAGGAUUCUAGCUAGAAGAGCCCGAGAGUAGGAAUUGAAUCCUGGAGGAUCCCUGAUCUGGUUUAAAAUUGGGUUUUUGCUUGCCUCCGCUAUCUUGAAUGCGCCGCUUGAAAGCUGCUGUUGUUGUCGAUUGAUGAGGAGCAUGAACCGGGACGAUCUUUAGCCUCGUGUGGGGGUGAUGCACUUGAGUUGGAUCACGCACUCUUCUUCGUCCUGCGUUCUGUUGUGGGUUUUCUUCAUGCGUGCUGGCGCGUGCUUGGGUUGUAAUCGGUUUGGAACGACCUUAGACACGGGGCUGUCAUCAAUGUGUCUCUCCACGACUGCUUUCAGUGCUGUCUGUGUUCAGAGCCAAGGGGUUGGUAGUUGCCAAACAGCCUUGUUGAUGCCCAAUUUCUGUAGCGAGUGCGUUGUGAAAGCCUGCGGAGUUAGUGCAUCGUCUGCGGCAUGGAAAUGUCUCCGCUUCGCAUUUGACCUUGGGUUCGGGUCGAUUACGCACACAGUCUGCUAGUGGAAUGCCGAUUGAGCGAGAUUCUCAAUCCCGGCGAUGAGAGGAUCCACUUCAAACCCGUUUUCAGUGGCCACGUUGUAACCGGAGCCUCGGGUUUGAUAUGAUCAGAGUUUGGUGGUUUUGGUCUUGCUCAUCGAUAUAAAUCCUUCAGAGGUGAUUUCCUUAGCGGUAUGGCUCUGACUUGCGGUUUUGUAGCACUGAAAUAUUGGAAUGGCACAUGAGGUUGACCCAUGAACCUCGGGGUGAGGAUUCGAAGAAGCUCUCAUAAAGAGGGCGUGAAGACUAGGAUUUGAAAAACAUGAAGAGGUAUGCGAGGCUUCGGCAGGAUUGUGCGGAAUGUGACAAUGUGUUGUACAAUGGGAGUCCGGAGGAUUACUCUGUCGACUAUGACAUUGCGCAGUCUCCGUGGAGGAUAUCAGAGAGAUCUGCCUUGCCUCAACGAGACUCCUCGCCCAAUGUGCGGCCCACGCAGCCUGCGAGCUCAUCCGCAGCUGGCCCGCCUUUCCCCAACUAUUUGACCGAAGCUUUCAAAAUGCUGGCCGCGCCUCAAGAUGACGGGUCGAGGAGAUUUAGCGAGCAGUGUGAAGUUGGGGCUGCUAAUGACGAUAUCCGGUCACGAUCUUCGAGUGAGAGGUGGCCCAACGAUGCACAGGACGACGAGUGUGAUUCCCAGGGUCCUAAAGGAAGUGGGCGAUGGGGGUCAGCGGAAACGGCGUCCUUGUGUGCGCGGUGGGGCUCAGUGAGCACAAACGAUCAGUGGGACGAGGCUGAACAGGGUAUGGACUCCUUCCGUGAUCCUCUCUCCCCAUCUCCAUCGAGUAGACUGUCGCAGGAGGAGAAGCCGCGGACAGGUUCAACCACUGCACCUUCACAUUCAGCGUCCAUCGAGAGAAAACCUUCGCUGCGAAACGCUCCCAGUCAAGAGUGGCUAAACGCGCUCACGGGUCACGCAUCUCCAACAUCUCGUCCGACAGUCCACGCUUUUCCAGACAACGGUAACAACCAUCUGCACGUCACCCCUCCGUCAGUUCAACGAGACUCCUUCCUGCGAGAGACGCAGGGAUGGCUAACAUCCGUCAUACGCCCCUUGCAAUCACGAAAACACAACCCAUGGGAGGAUCCCAGCGAGUUCAACUGGAGAGCCGCAGCGACAUUAACAACAACCACCAUCCACCACCACAACAACACCAUCAGAUUCUCCCACGGGCAGACGACGACAUCCACUGACUGGUUCCCAAUCCAUGAGAUACAACCGCCUGAAGUCAUCAGACUUACUGACAAGCUCCGGCGGCGAAACAGGAUUCAACGACGGUGAUCACCACCACAUCCACCCCGUAAUUAAGAAAGCAGCAUCUAUGCGAGAGCACAGGCUCCAUGGGGGUACUACAACGGCCAUAGCAAGAGCAUGCAGUGAGAAGUAUGGGGUGAGGCAAGCAAUCCUGGAUUGUGUUUCCUGUGGGCGAGCCUCACCACCCAUUGUGCAAGACUAUUCCUGCCGCCAGCACGGUGUCGGUGACUGGACCCGCAGUGCAAGCACCAGAUCCGACUGCACCAACUCCAAGCGCAAAGGGGUGAUGCAUUUCUGCCGCCAGUUUAUACGCAUUGGGAAGAAGCUGGACAAAACGAGUUGAAGGCAUAUGAGGGCGGGGAUCUCACUCACUCACUGGCUCACUCGCUCACUCUCAUCGUGAACUUGUGGCGUGGAUCCGAGCGAUGGCUCCUCGCACAACAACCAUGUCGGUAGCACAAAAAUGCACACUGGAAAAACCACAGCUUUGCACAGCUUGCUCGUGUUCUAAAUCGUUCACGCUUGUGUGCUGAAUCUGUGUGUGUAGCUCGGUUGGAUUGAGAUGGGUGCAUCCUCAUGAUUUGAGCAUCAGUUUACGUCGAUGGAUUCUCAGUUUGCAUCGAAUUCUUCGUCAUGGAACAGCUCAGUGUCAAGAAUUGAGUGACUCUGGCUGUGGACUCUGGCCUUUUUGGACAUGUCGGGAGUCGGUGCAUUCCAAGGCCUCCGAUGUGAUGCAUGAAGGUUGCCUUGUGUGAAAAUUGAUUUACAAUUUCCACUAAGAAAAUGGACAUUUCAUUGCAGGUUCUAUA